UCCCGUCCAACUGGUGGUCUCGGUCACGCUGACGUCACGCACUCCGAGCACAGACCAUGGCCGCGACGGCGAUGAACGUCGACGACUCGGGAAUGGCGGCGGCGGCGGCGGCGGCGGCGGCGAACGGGCAGGCGCGGCCGCGGUGCAUGAGCAGCUACGUCGAUGAGGGCAGCGUCCAGAGCCACCGCUACUACCUGGCGCGGCGGACCCUCCUGGAGAUGCUCCGGGACAGGGGCUACGCCAUCCCCUCCUCCGACAUCGACGUUUCCCUCGCCGAGUUCCGCGCCGCCCACGGCCAGAGCCCCGACAUCGACCGCCUCCGCAUCUCCAACUCCCUCCGCUCCGACCCUUCCAAGCGAGUGUUGGUGUAUUUUUGCAAUCCUGGCCCUGUGAAAGUCACUAGUAUCCGAUAUAUAAGUGGGCAAAUUGCUAACAAAGAUGGCUUGAGCGGAUUGAUAUUGGUCUUGCAAGGUGAAAUGACCAAUCAAGCUCUUAAAGCACUGGAUCUUUUUCCUUUUAAAGUCCAAGUGUUCCAGAUAACAGACUUGCUUGUCAAUAUAACCAAGCAUGUCCUCAAGCCUAAACAUCGUGUUCUGACUGACCAAGAAAAGCAAAGGCUUUUAAAGAAGUACAGCAUACAGGAGAAGCAGCUUCCGAGGAUGCUGAAGAAUGAUGCAAUCGCAAGAUACUAUGGACUUGAGAAGGGUCAGGUGGUGAAAGUAACCUACAGUGGUGACAUAACAGGCACGCAUGUUACGUAUCGCUGUGUCUGGUGAUUCUGUGUUCUUUAGAGAUUGUUCUUUUGUGGUGUCAAUUUAUAAUAGGAGUGUCCUAGCAUAAUCACUGGUAGGCAGAAUCAGUCAGCUUGUUGACUGUUCCGUAAUCAUGGUUCCAUCCUGUUUUGAACGAUGGUUGGCUCAUGGUACCAUCCACUUGUUAAGAGUUUUGGAUGGUUGAGCUGGUUCCCGUUGUCUCUGGCUAGGAGUUGGAUUUCAGUUUUAUGCGGUAGGUUUCACUGUGAGUCAUUGCAGUGUUUAAAGAAUGGCGUGUUGAUCCCAUUUUGUUGUUAGUUGAUGGAAAGCAUGUCCAAGGAAGUUUUACUGAUUGUUCA